CGUAAGUAAGAUUCCAAGCAGAAGACAUAGACAGACAUGAGUAGAAUCAUUGUGUUGUGUUUACGUUUCUACCUACUGUCGUUAACUGGCUGUAGUUAAAAGAAAUACUUGCUGAGAGCUGAACGUUGUACUAAUUAUUUUUACCGUGUUGCUGUUUUCAUGAUACGAAGUGAUUUGUUGGUGACAAACAUUAUGAUUAUUCGAUGCUUUGAAGAGAUCCACAUGACUUAACCUCUAACACCAUAGUUAGUGACAGGGUCAUCAUGUCUAUUUGGGUGAAAUCUCGACUUUCCAGUUUUGGAAUUUAUGCUUCAUGUAUGAAGUUGCCUCAGAGAUAUAUCCUAUCAAAAGCCAAGUCCCUCCAAGAAGAUGAUGAGAAAAUCCUCAAGAUACCAGAACCUCAGCUAGAUAUUGCUAGAUACUGUGAUCCCAGUAAAACUGAACAUUUCAAUAAGAACAUUAAAAUUCGUAAAGGUAUUGGAAAUAUUCAGCGUAUCAUUGAACUGAAUAAUGAGCUCAAAGUCAAAACCAAUGAAACUUUGAGAAGAGAAUUAGUUCAAGAAGCAUUAAAAAUUCCUAAUGAUACUCAUCCAGAACCCCAAAGCUAUGGUAAUGAUGCUAAAGUUAUAAAACAUAUUGGAACUCUCCCUGAGUUUGGCUUUGAUCCCAAGCCAUUUGACAAACUUAUGGAAGGGACAAAUCAAUAUCGCAUGAAAGAACUAGCUCCUUUGGCUGGGCACAAAGCAUAUUACUUAUGCAGGGAACUUGCUGAUCUAGAACAUGCCCUUAUUCGUUAUGUUGUUCAACGGCUUGUAAAGAAUGGUUUUUCUUUGAUAUCUGUACCUGACAUUUUGCAUCAUCAAAUAAUUGAAUGUUGUGGUAUACCAACAAGUGGACAAAGAAGCAUUGUGUACCGUUUGGAUGGUGAUAAACACUUAGCAAGUGCAGCAGAGGGGGAACUUUGUCUCUCAGGAACAGCUGAAAUGGCUUUGGGUGGAUUUCUCAUGAACCAGAUAUUUGCUGAUGAAAACCUCCCUAAAAGAUAUGUUGCAGUGAGCAGAUGCUACCGAGCAGAAACUGCCCCUAUAGCUUCCGAAAGGGGACUCUAUAGGGUCCACCAGUUCACAAAAGUUGAAAUGUUCGGAGCAUCAACUAGUCAUCAAUCUGAAGAUCUCCUUGAAGAGUUCCGGUCAAUACAAGAAGAAAUUUUCAGUUCACUUAAUUUAUAUUUACAGGUGCUUGAUAUGCCUCCUCAUGAAUUAGGGGCUCCUGCUCACAGAAAGUACGACAUAGAAGCGUGGUUGCCUAGCCGGAGGGAAUUCGGAGAGGUUUCUAGUUGCAGUAAUUGCACAGACUAUCAAUCCAGAAGACUGAACAUUCAAUAUACUACAAAAAAUUCAUCACUGAAGGAAUUUGUGCACACUGUUAAUGGUACUGCUUGCGCUAUUCCUCGCUUAAUCAUGGCAAUAUGUGAAACUCAUCAGCAAGAAGACGGAUGCAUAAGGAUCCCCCCAGUAUUGCGGCCAUACAUGUCUCAGAAAGAUAUAAUUAAACCUACAAAAAAUGUGACCAAGUUUGUUAAAAGAUCUAAGAUUUUAACAGAUAUAAUUGAUAAAGAUUAAUUUGUUGACCUCAAGACUUGUUCAUUAUUGAAAUAAAAGUUUUUGGCCAAGGUUUA